AUGUCUCCUGAUCCGCCCUCCAAAGAAGUCGUCGCCUCAGAUGGCGCUGCUGCUAAUGGCACCACAAAUACUAGGAAACCAUUUUCGUGGACCCAACCACAUCCCAUCUUCGUCAUCGUUCUAGUUGGUCCCGAUGAGCAGCCGUUUGGUCUUCAGAAAGACUUCCUUUGCGAUCGCUCCGAGUUCUAUCGCAAGCAUUUCGAGGAGAAUGUCACAGAGAAGGCUUUGGAGCACAUAGUGAAGCUCCCAGAUGCGACGCCCGAAGUAUUUGGGCUCGUACAAAGUUUUCUCUACACUGGAAAGAUUACUGACGAGAACACCAAUGUCACUUCCUACGAGUCCCUGGUUGGCCUCUGGAAUCUGGGUCACAAACUCGCCGUCAAGGGGCUAUGUGAGCAUACACUCGAGGCCAUGGUAGAUUGCCGACGAACCACGGGCCGAAUUCCGGCAACACCUCUUCUCAUCCAGGUCUGGCGAGAUACCCCUGAAGGCUCAUCCAUUAGAGUUCUUCUGCUGUCUUGGGCAGCGGAAUACAUGAGAUCUUCAGACGCUCGAGCUGAAUUCGCCAAGUCACUACCCCAAGAGGUUCUCAGUGAGCUUGUAGUCACAAUGAGCUCAUUCGAGACGAUUGUCCCGCCGGCUCCGGUUGCGGCACCAGUGGUGCCUGUAGUCUCUGUCCUCCCCCCCAGUUCCAUUAAAUUACCAAACGCCCCAGUUCCAACAGCGCCUAGGAAGAACGUUCAUUACCUUGACGAGGAGCAUGACGAGGAGACCCUUGGCGCAAAGAAGAAGAAUCGACGAUCUAGUGGAGCGUCAGUUGACGCGGGCGUAUCCCGCAAGCCGCAUCGCAAGUCUGGCUCUUCCCCACCUCCUAAACCACAAAAGAGACGGUCGAGCGCAGCCUUGUUAGAGGGCAAAACAUUUUCGACUCAACAGAAGCUAGACUUCUGUGCUGACUUGUUAAAUAGAAUGCUCUCUGGGCCAGGCUUUUGGACUCGGCUUGUUGGCCCCUUCCGGGAGCCGGUUGACCCAGUGGAAGACGGCGUGCCGGAUUACUUUGACAAAGUCAAGAGGCCAAUGGAUCUCAGCACCGUCAAACAGAAGAUGGACCAGAAACAGUACACAACCGAAGAGGAAUUCCUUAACGACGUGCGACAGAUCUUUGACAACUGUUUCACGUACUGGAAGAAGGGCGACCCAAUGUGGGCGGCCGGCGAGAGGCUCCAACGAACAUUUGAAGAGAAGUACUCUCACAUGAACAAGUGGAUCGCCAAGCUGGGGGGCGAAGAGGGAGAAUAG